UUUUUUUUCACCCGGAAACCGCGGCUGUCGGAGCCCGAGCUGAGGCGGCGGCGGGAGCCCGGUUGGCGUCUGGUCCUCGCGUCGGCCCCGCGGAGCCGGACGCUGUCCCCGGCGCGGCGGAGAAGAUGGUGCCGAGCGGCCCCGGGCCCGCCACGCGCCGCCACGAGUGAGCCCAGCGCGGCCGCGGGCGUCCGCCGAGCAGCUGGCCCGGCUGGGCCCGGGGCGCGCAGCUGCCCGCCGGGGCGGGGUGGAGCUGAUCAGAAUAAUGUUCAGCAUCAACCCCCUGGAGAACCUGAAGGUGUACAUCAGCAGUCGGCCUCCCCUGGUGGUCUUCAUGAUCAGCGUGAGUGCCAUGGCCAUAGCUUUUCUGACCCUGGGCUACUUCUUCAAAAUCAAGGAGAUUAAAUCACCAGAAAUGGCAGAGGAUUGGAAUACUUUUCUGCUACGGUUCAAUGAUUUGGACCUGUGUGUAUCAGAGAAUGAAACGCUAAAGCAUCUCACAAACGACACCACAACUCCGGAAAGCACAAUGACCAGCGGGCAGGCCCGAGCUUCCACCCAGUCCCCCCAGGCCCUGGAGGACUCGGGCCCUGUGAAUAUCUCAGUCGCAAUCACCCUAACCCUGGACCCACUGAAACCCUUCGGAGGGUAUUCCCGCAACGUCACCCAUCUGUACUCAACCAUCUUAGGGCAUCAGAUUGGACUUUCAGGCAGGGAAGCCCACGAGGAGAUAAACAUCACCUUCACCCUGCCUACAGCGUGGAGCUCAGACGACUGCGCCCUCCACGGUCACUGUGAGCAGGUGGUGUUCACAGCCUGCAUGACCCUCACGGCCAGCCCCGGGGUGUUCCCCGUCACUGUACAGCCACCACACUGUGUUCCUGACACAUACAGCAACGCCACGCUCUGGUACAAGAUCUUCACAACUGCCAGAGAUGCCAACACAAAAUAUGCGCAAGAUUACAAUCCUUUCUGGUGUUACAAGGGGGCCAUUGGAAAAGUCUAUCAUGCUUUAAAUCCCAAACUUACAGUGAUUGUUCCAGAUGAUGACCGUUCAUUAAUAAAUUUGCAUCUCAUGCACACCAGUUACUUCCUCUUUGUGAUGGUGAUAACGAUGUUUUGCUAUGCUGUUAUCAAGGGCAGACCCAGCAAAUUGCGUCAGAGCAAUCCUGAAUUUUGUCCCGAGAAGGUGGCUUUGGCUGAAGCCUAAUUCCACAGUUCCUUGUUUUCUGAGAGAGACUGAGAGAACCAUAAUCCUUGCCUGCUGAACCCAGCCUGGGCCUGGACGCUCUGUGAAUACAUUAUCUUGCGAUGUUGGGUUAUUCCAGCCAAAGACAUUUCAAGUGCCUGUAACUGAUUUGUACAUAUUUAUAAAAUUCUAUUCAGAAAUUGGUCCAAUAAUGCACGUGCUUUGCCCUGGGUGCAGCCAGAGCCCUUCAGCCCCACCUUGGACUUGAGGACCUACCUGAUGGGAUGUUUCUACAUGCCUCUAGAGAAGGAUUUCCUGGAUCUAGCUGCGUUGGAGCUGGUCACGACGAUGUUUUCACUAAGGUCACGGGUGCGUUGCCUCACUGGUGGGGUUGAAGUUUGGUUUGGUUCUUGUUUCGGCCCAGUAUGUAGAGAACGUUUGAAACAGUCUGCACCUUUGAUACAGUAUUGCAUUUCCAAAGCCACCAAUCCAUUUUGUGGAUUUUAUGUGUCUGUGGCUUAAUAAUCAUAGUAACAACAAUAGUACCUUUUUCUCCAUUUUGCUUGCAGGAAACAUACCUAAGUUUUUUUUAUUUGUUUAUUUUUUUCCUUUAUAAAGAAAAAAUAAAAUAGUCUCAUUUUAAUACUA